AUUCGAUUACUACUACCACAUUCGUGACUGCUAGGAAAUCUUCAACGUUUCGAAAUGUUACAGUUCCGAUGUCCAUUAUUAACGUUAGUACGUCACUAUUCUAGCGUUAAUACGACCGUUAUAUCGAAGAUCUUUAAAAAGAAGCCGGUAAAUGAAAGACUACAAUUAAAAGGUUGGGUGAAAGCUUUAAGACGACACAAAGAGUUUACUUUUAUAGAUGUCAAUGAUGGUUCUUGCUCUCGAAGUCUUCAGGUUGUCCUCCCCUCAGAAAAGAGACCUGAAUCUCUGGGCUAUCACUCAUCACUUUUCACUUCAGGUGUUUUGCGUACUUGUUCCCAUAAGGGACAAGAUAUAGAACUUCUUGCUGAGGAAAUUCAGGUCAUAGGGGAAAAUAACCUUGAAAAUUAUCCAUUCAAAGCAAGAACAAAGUCUACCCCAGAUUAUGUUCGCCAGCACCUCCAUCUCAGAGGACGCACAAACUUCAGUUCAUUACUUCGUGUCAGGUCACAGGCAAAGAUGGCCAUUCACAAUUAUUUUACCAGUGAAGACUUCAUAAACAUCGACACCCCCCUGCUGACUGGGAAUGAUUGUGAAGGAGCUGGAGAAGUAUUUUUUGUUGAGACACCGACCAGCAAUAAGGAAAAUUCUGAGUCAUCCCCACAUGCAAAAUUUUUUAAUCAUCCGGUAUAUCUCACAGUCUCAGGACAAUUACAUCUAGAGGCUAUGGUCAGUGGUCUUUCCAGAGUAUACAAUUUCAAUCCAGCUUUCCGUGCAGAAAACUCACAGUCUCGUAGGCAUCUCUCAGAAUUUUGGAUGGUUGAAGCCGAGGAGGGAUUUCUUAAAGGGUCGAGUGGUUUUCAGUCUUUAACAGAACGAGUAGAAAGCCUAAUCAAAUAUACCACGCAGUAUGUCCUUGACAGACAAGAGGAGGACAUAUUUUAUUGCUGGAAACAGAAUCAGGACACUGAGAAAGUUGUGCGUGCUUCGUUACAGAAGCAGUUUGGUCUUCUUCCCUACAGUGAAGCCAUCGAGAUUCUGAAGGCUAAUAGCCACAAUUUUAAAAGACAACCUGUGCAAGGGGAGGAUCUGGGGCGAGAGCAUGAAUUGUAUUUGACCAAACACAUGGGCAACAUACCUGUUUUUGUGAUAGACUGGCCAAAAAAGAUCAAGGCCUUCUAUAUGUGCCCACAAGAAGAAGAUCCAAAUUUGGUAUACGGAUUGGAUCUGCUCUUCCCAAAUGUUGGCGAAGUUGUCGGAGGAGGUUUGAGGGAGCACAAUUUCCUCGCCCUGCAAAAUCGCUUGCAAGAACACAACUUGAAGGAAAGCUUGAACUGGUACUUGGAUCUUCGUAGAUUCAACGGGAGAAUAUCCUCAGGAGGUUUUGGUUUGGGUUUCGAAAGAUACCUAUUGUUUUUGCUCGGGACUGCCAACAUCAAAGAUGUGAUACCAUUUCCCCGAUGGAGUAAACACUGUCUGUGUUGAUAGUGUUAAACUGUAAACAGAUACAUGUAUUGAAGGUACAGUACUUUGUUUUUAUUGUAAAAAUUGUGAAUAAAGUGUGAAGUUC